AUGCGCACUAGCCUCCUCCUGGCGGUUGCUACGGCCGCACUACUGGCAAACCUCGGGGUUGUUUCGUGUUCGAGCGAGUUCAUCCAGACCGAGCACGUGCAGCCGAUCUCCGAUCAGUCGAUCGGCCACAGGCACCUCAGAUACACCAAGAGCACGAGUACAGCGGAAGCUGAAGCGGCCGAUGAGGAGCGCGGAAUCAAAAUCACAGACCUAGUGAUCCUCGAGAACCUCGCCAAGUUUGACGACUGGGUUGGCGAAGGCAAGACCGCCGAGAAACUCUACAAGGAGCUGGGGCUCAAGCUCUCGUGGAAGAUCGCGUACCAGACGAGCAGGUGGAAGCAGUUCUUGUUCGAUGAACCGGAGUACUUGCUGUUCCGCAAGUACGUCAAGUACUUGAAGCUGAUAGGCCGGGAAGACCCAUAA